AUGCCCACCCAGCUGGAGAUGGCCAUGGACACGAUGAUUCGAAUCUUCCACCGGUACUCCUGCAAAGAGGGGGACAGGUUCAAGCUCAACAAAGGAGAACUAAAGAUGCUAUUACAGAGGGAGCUCACAGAAUUCCUCACGUGCCAAAAGGAUCCCCAGUUGGUGGACAAGAUAAUGCAGGACCUGGACGCCAAUAAGGACAACGAAGUGGAUUUUAAUGAAUUUGUGGUCAUGGUGGCAGCGCUGACAGUCGCUUGUAAUGAUUACUUUGUAGAACAACUGAAGAAGAAAGGCAAAUAA